GGGGACUGCGGGGACUGCGGGGACUGGAGGCAGCCGUGCAGGCAGCGACGCCCGGGGAAGCCCGCAUCCCGCCUGCACCUCCGAGGCGCGCCCCGGGAGCGGGAGCGACCCCGAGGCGCCGCCCAGGGCCAGAGUCGAGCGCAGGGCGCUGAGAGCCCUGAGUCGGCCCGGCGCCCAGAGCCCAGGCAGCGGCCGGAGCGCGGGGGCGCGGCCCUGGGAAGCCGUAGAGCGAGCCCGGGCCGGGGGAAGAGCGCCGAGCGCGAGCGCCCUACACAGCGGCGUUGGAGGCGGCUUCGCGGGAGACGAAAACCGCCGGCAGAGACGCGAUGACCGCCGAUAGGGAGCCCGGCCGGCUAGGAAGCGGGCGCCGCGGAGUCUGAGCGCGCGGAAUCGCGCGUCCCGGGGACGCCGAGGCUCAGGCCGGUGCGGGCGACCGAGGGCGGCGGGCGGGGCCCAGGUGCGACCGGCCGCAUCGGGCCCGUGACUGCUCGGGGGGCGGCGCCCUCCCGCCGCAGCCGCAGUGGCCGGCGCCGCAGCGAGGAGCCAUGGGCAACAUCUCCUCCAACAUCUCGGCCUUCCAGUCCCUGCACAUCGUCAUGCUGGGCUUGGACUCGGCCGGCAAGACCACGGUGCUCUACCGGCUCAAGUUCAACGAGUUCGUGAACACGGUGCCCACCAUCGGCUUCAAUACGGAGAAGAUCAAGCUGAGCAACGGCACGGCCAAGGGCAUCAGCUGCCACUUCUGGGACGUAGGAGGCCAGGAGAAGCUGAGGCCGCUGUGGAAGUCCUACAGCCGCUGCACGGACGGCAUCAUCUACGUGGUGGACUCGGUGGACGUGGACCGGCUGGAGGAGGCCAAGACGGAGCUGCACAAGGUGACCAAGUUCGCCGAGAACCAGGGCACCCCGCUGCUGGUCAUCGCCAACAAGCAGGACCUGCCCAAGUCGCUGCCGGUGGCCGAGAUCGAGAAGCAGCUGGCGCUGCACGAGCUCAUCCCGGCCACCACCUACCACGUCCAGCCGGCGUGCGCCAUCAUCGGCGAGGGCCUCACCGAGGGCAUGGACAAGCUCUAUGAAAUGAUCCUGAAACGCAGGAAGUCCCUCAAGCAGAAGAAGAAGCGGUAAUACGCCUGGCAGGGUUCGGGAGCUAGGGGGAGCAAGCCAGGGAGCGAACGAGUCAGAAGUGAAUGAAUGGUUAGAUGGGUGAGCGAGAACCCGCGCCCGCGAACAAAGACAGCGAACCAAAGCGAUGCUUCGAAUUUUUUAAACUCUAUCUCUGUACCCAAAUGCAGAACUGGUGACUUAACCUGGCCUGGAGCUGAUUUAUCAGCCAGCUCGCCAUCUGCCCCACCCCCACGCCAGCUCUGGGGACCUUUUGUCUGAGCACCGGAGAUACCUAGUGGGUGGGGGACCGGUGGGGUGUGGACCUUCGGUUCAGGCUUGUGCGCCCUCCGGCCCCAGGAGAAGGAUCAGAUGUCAGAGACAAGGCGAUUUCUUGAUUUCUUCUUACUACACUGGGCCGGGAGUUCAGGCUGCCCCGCCCCCAUUGGGGGAAUCACCUGUGAGUUACCUGAGGUAUGCAGUUCCCAGAACCCUGGGGGGCACCCAUCUGGAGUCAGGGUGGCAUUGGGGGUGGCGGUGCUGGGGAGAGGAAUGCCCCUUGCAUUCAGGGGCUUGGAAGCUGAGUAAUUUUAUGUCACAGGGCAGGCCCCUGUUGAAAUUUCAUAGGUCCUGCUCUGGGCCCAGAGGAGGUGGUGGUUUGGGCCAUCAGGACUGCCUGGGACAAUGCGGCAGCUGGAGGGCACUGGGCGCUGUGCUGCUGGCCUUGGCUGGGAAUGGCCGAGAAGAUGCCCCCUUCAUGGGGCUUUGUGGUGGCUACCGGAGACCGGUUUUGUUGAGAACUGCUUUUCAGCCUGGAAUGAGACCUCUUCCAGAUGGCUUGGACCCUGUCCAUGUGUAGGUCAUUAUCACACAAAGAGACCAAUAAAAAUUAAAAAAAAAAUAAGAAACUGUUCGAGGUGGUGGCAAAUGAUGCAUUUACUGUUUGCAGGUUAGUUAAAGGUGUUCAAAGGGCAAUGCUCUUGGCAUAAAUCUGGAUGGUGUGUGUGUGAGAGAGAGUAUACAGGGACCUCCCUCUGUAUUCUGUAAUCAGCAUAAAUAUCUAGAUCCAUUCUGUGUGGAAUUUUAAAUUCUCUGAAUCUACCAAUUGGUUUGGAUGAGCAUACCAGCUACAGAUGUGUGCUGAGUUGCAAGAUGGUUUUUCUGCAAGGGAUGUCUCUUGUAAUACUAACCGUGUGGUAAUGGGUUUUCAGACAUGUUUUUAAAAAUAACUUACAAAUGAAUACUCACCUUAGAAAUAUUCACCUUAGGAAAAAAGACUUUGCUCUGCCCUUUUAUAUCCCUUGACGCUGCAAGUGGCGACAUGUUCAGAUUUCUAAUUUGGUUCAUUGUGGCCUUUCUGGUUUAAGUAUUUCAUUCAGAACAUCUCAUUAGAGUAUUUGAUGUCAUGCACCAAAAAUAAAACCCCACCUUUUUGCAAAAACGACCUCGUUGCAUGGAUUUAAAAGCGGAGGAAAAGCUAAGGAUGUAGUCCUUCUCCAUUCAUUCUCUAACUGGCCUUGUAGCCAGCAGGCACUUUGGGCAAAUGCAAACAAGGGGUGCUUGAGAUAAAAGAAAGCCUGUGACGUCAUGGUCACUGCUGCUCAGGCACUUCACAGUUUACUUGAAAGAAGCUUUGGAAAAUAGAUAAAGUGAAAGAAGAAGAAAUGCAUAUUUUUAAUAACGUAAUUUUAAAAAUCCUUUAUAAUCAGGACUGAGUCUUGGUUUGCACAACCUGUCGUAUCCUGAAACACAGUAUCAAAAGGGAAACUCAACAAUUGACUGUUUGAUUUUUAUUUCCUCCCUGAAUCCAUGUUUUCAGGUAGAAUUUUGACAUCCCCCUCCCCCCAGUGACAUGUUUCUUUGCAAAGGAGGCCUGUAGAAAUUGGAUGUGGCCAUGCGUGAGCAUGUGGGUUAGCCCUUGCCCAUUGUCCAUUACCCUCCGAGUGGCGACGUGAGAACCAGAGGCAGAUGUCUGGCUUCCUGCUUCAAACCCAGUUCUUACAGGAGAUUUUUUAAAAACAGAAAUCUAGCAGCCUGUCUUCCCUUCCUCUUUGGUCAGUGUAUUUGGUACCCUUCUACUGCUGGUCUUUUGUAGAAACUCAGUAGAGAAAAUAGAGCUAGGCACUGAUGAAGGCCGGCGAGAUUUCAGUUUACAUAUCGAUAGCAUAUUCACUGACUUCUGAAUGGGCUGGUCCCAUCAUCUGAAGAUUCUGUAUAGAAUUAUUAAAAUCAAAUCCAUCUUCAUUUAUUUUCUUCACAUGUAACAAUUUCUUAAGCACUUUUUAGUCGUUCCACACUAUUGAGAGAAUAAUAUAUUUAUUUUGCGACUUUGCAGAUGCCAAAUACUGUCACCGUCUCGUGCUGACAAUACCUAGGUUCCAGGUCACUGUUCAAAUCCUGUAAUGCUUUAACAAUCGUGCGAGAUGGUUUUGUUUUUUGCAUUAUCAAUACUUAAGGGUGCCGUCAGCUGUUAGUAAUUGUGCAGUAAAGUCAAGCCCUGUGCUGUAUCAACUAAUAGGUAAGAGUCUCAGUUCAUUUCUGUAACGUUUGACCUAUUAGUCGCCCUUUUCAUCUCUGACCCAACGGAGGAAGCACAGAUGAAGUCACCUAGGAGGGGUCACCCAGGGGGAGUCCCCUCCACGUAUCAGUCAGCGGUCCAUUAUGCCUUUUGCCCUUUAGAGAUGGAAUGGGCUUCUCGUAGAGGAAGCUGGUCUCCCCAAGUGAGCUUUGAAAUGUUUCCUGGUAGACACAGGGAGGCCAGUUUUAUUUCAGAACAAUGCUCUUCACAAAUUCUCUGUUAUGGUGUUGGGACUGUGUCCACUGGUUUCAGUUUUCAUUUCUCUGCUGUAAUUCUCUGUCUUGAUCAUUCUUUGUUUCCAUCCCUUUUUAUAAUGCAUAUAUGAUGCUGUGAACAGAAAUAAAUUAUUUAUACAAUCAAACAA